UCCAUGGUUGGUAAUUUACAAAACAGCCAUUUCAUUGCUCCCGCGUUAUCCCUCUUAGACCUUCACUACCACCACCACCACCACUAUCUUCUUCCCCCACCAUUAAAACUCUGAAAAACCCAAACCUGCUGCCUACUAUUUUUCUCAUGACUAGUGGGUUUUAGGGUUUUUGUUGACUGAUGAGUUUCUUCUGAAUUUUUGGUUAAAACUUUCUCUCUGUCUUCAAUGGCAUUAACAACUCCGUCAUUAUCUUCCUUUCUAUCUUCUUACAGAUUGAAUCCCCUACUAAUUUCAAGAUAUGGCAGAAGGUCAAGAAGCCCCUAUCGAAAUUCUAUUCGUUGUAAACCAAAAAUUUUCACAGUUGCGGCCAUGGAUAAUGAUGUUGGUUUUACCUCUCCGCUAACGGAAAAAUCGUUUGAUUUUACUUCGGAGGAACGAAUAUAUAACUGGUGGGAUUCUCAAGGAUAUUUCAAGCCAAAUGAUGAUUCGGACGGAGAACCUUUUGUGAUUUCCAUGCCACCACCUAAUGUUACUGGAUCACUACAUAUGGGACAUGCAAUGUUUGUCACUCUUGAGGACAUUAUGGUUAGAUACCAUCGCAUGAAAGGAAGGCCUACACUUUGGCUUCCUGGGACGGAUCACGCUGGCAUUGCAACUCAGUUAGUUGUUGAAAAAAUGCUUGCUUCUCAAGGAAUAAAAAGGGCUGAUCUUAGUCGAGAAGAGUUUACAAGCAGGGUUUGGGAGUGGAAAGAGAAGUAUGGUGGGACCAUCACAAACCAAAUUAAGAGACUGGGUGCAUCUUGCGAUUGGACAAGAGAGCACUUCACCCUUGAUGAUCAGCUGAGUAGAUCUGUGGUUGAGGCCUUUGUAAGACUUCAUGAGAAAGGCUUGAUUUAUCAAGGGUCUUAUAUGGUCAAUUGGUCUCCUAGUCUUCAAACAGCAGUGUCUGACUUGGAAGUGGAGUAUUCAGAAGAACCUGGUUUUCUGUAUCACAUCAAAUAUCGUGUUGCUGGAGGAUCAAAGAGCGACUUUUUGACUAUAGCUACAACACGCCCAGAGACACUCUUUGGCGACGUUGCUAUUGCUGUUCAUCCUGAGGAUGAUCGUUAUUCAAAGUAUAUUGGCAGGCAGGCAAUUGUACCAAUGACAUUUGGCCGUUUUGUCCCCAUUAUAGCUGAUAGAUAUGUUGAUAAAGAAUUUGGGACUGGAGUGUUGAAGAUAAGUCCGGGGCAUGAUCACAAUGACUAUUUUCUUGCUAGGAAGCUUGGUCUACCUAUCCUUAAUGUAAUGAACAAGGAUGGAACCCUCAAUGAAGUUGCUGGACUGUACAAUGGGAUGGAUCGAUUUGAUGCACGUAAGAAGUUAUGGUCAGAGCUGGAGGAGACAAAUUUAGCAGUCAAAAAAGAACCCUACACCUUACGAGUUCCCAGAUCUCAGCGCGGUGGAGAAAUAAUAGAGCCACUUGUGAGUAAACAGUGGUUUGUUACCAUGGAGCCCUUGGCCGAGAAAGCCCUUCGUGCAGUUGAAGAAAAGCAAAUUACCAUUUUGCCUGAAAGAUUUGAGAAGAUUUAUAAUCAUUGGCUCUCAAAUAUUAAAGACUGGUGUAUAAGCAGACAACUCUGGUGGGGACACCGAAUACCAGUUUGGUACGUUGAGGGUAAAGAUUGUGAGGAAGACUAUAUUGUUGCUAGGAGCCAGGAAGAAGCCCUAGUUAAAGCCCGUGAGAAAUAUGGAAGAGAUGUCGAAAUAUAUCAGGAUCCAGAUGUUCUUGAUACUUGGUUUUCAAGUGCACUGUGGCCAUUCAGCACUCUUGGGUGGCCAGAUGUAUCAGCGGAGGAUUACAAGAAGUUUUAUUCGACAACAGUCCUUGAAACUGGGCAUGAUAUUUUGUUUUUUUGGGUGGCACGAAUGGUAAUGAUGGGAAUUGAGUUUACGGGAAAGGUUCCCUUUUCAUAUAUAUAUCUACACGGACUUAUCCGUGACUCCCAAGGACGAAAAAUGUCUAAAUCAUUGGGAAAUGUCAUUGAUCCACUUGAUACGAUAAGGGAGUUCGGAACAGAUGCAUUACGAUUCUCAAUUGCUCUGGGGACCGCCGGGCAGGACCUUAAUUUGUCAGUCGAAAGAUUAACCUCUAAUAAAGGAUUCACUAACAAACUGUGGAAUGCUGGCAAGUUUGUGUUGUCAAAUCUGCCUAGUCAAAGUGAUGCAUCGGCGUGGGACAACAUAUUGGAUUUGAAGGAAACCUGUACAUGUGUCUGGUGUAAUCUGAUACGCAUACACCCCUCCUUGAGAUGUAAAACAGGCUACAGAUUUCACCAAUGCAAUAUCUUUAGGGACGUUUCAACUCCUUUAAAGUUUGAUUCGGAGGAUUCUGUUUGUAGGCUACCUUUGCCUGAGUGUUGGGUGGUCUCGAAACUUCAUCUGCUGAUUGAUUCUGUAACCUCAAGCUAUGAAAAGUUUUUCUUUGGGGAUGUUGGGAGAGAAACAUAUGAUUUCUUUUGGGGCGAUUUUGCCGAUUGGUACAUUGAAGCUAGUAAAGCUUGUCUUUAUAAGUCCGAAGGAAAUAUAUCUGCUCCUGUUGCCCAGGCGGUUCUUUUAUACGUGUUUGAAAACAUAUUAAAGAUGCUACAUCCGUUCAUGCCAUUUGUUACUGAAGAAUUGUGGCAGGCAUUACCUCAUAGGAAGCAAGCACUCAUUGUUUCUCCUUGGCCUGAGACGUCGCUUCCAAGGAAUGAGAACUCCAUUAGAAGAUUUGAGAACUUGCAAGCUCUGACUAGAGCAAUCCGAAAUGCCCGAGCAGAGUAUUCUGUUGAACCUGCCAAAAGGAUAUCUGCUUCAAUUAUUGGAAGUGAUGAUGUCAUCCAGUACAUGUCUAAAGAGAAGGAAGUCCUGGCAUUGCUUUCCAGACUAGAUUUACAAAACGUUCAUUUCAUUGGUUCUCCUCCAGGGGAUGCAAAGCAAUCGGUACACCUUGUGGCCGGUGAAGGUCUCGAAGCUUAUCUGCCUCUUGCUGACAUGGUGGAUAUCUCUGAUGAGGUCCAACGCCUGACAAAACGCCUUUCAAAGAUGCAAUCAGAAUAUGAUGCCCUUAAUGCUCGCCUUAGUUCGCCCAAGUUUGUAGAGAAAGCUCCGGAGGAAGUUGUUCGUGGGGUAAGAGAGAAGGUAGCUGAAGCAGAGGAGAAAAUAAGUUUGACAAAAAACCGUCUUUCUUUACUAAAUUCAACAACUUAUAUCGCCUCAGAGUAGCCCGUGAUCAUUUUUCAACAUCCGCUUUUUCUGCAAGGCCAUAGUUUGUGCGUCUUAUUAUGAUAUUAAUGGUAGUAGAGAUUAGGAUGAUGACCUAAUAUAGGGUCCUCAAUUCCUCCAUGUUAAGCUGAGGAACUGGAUACAAGGUGAAAGCCUUAUAUUUUGCGAGUGUAUAUGAAACUGAUAUAGCAGCAAUCUUACAGCUCUCCUGGUGCCAAAUGGGCCAUCUGUGAGGAUAGGACCAAUAGUAUAAGGUGCUCGAAAUUAAGAGUACAAAAUGUAUGGAGGAACAAUGACAAUUUCGUAUCGAAAAGAAGAGUGAUUUAUUUUGUAGUUGUA